AUGAAAUUCAACCCGGACGUGUCCUCCUCCCGCCGAAAGGCCCGCAAGGCCCACUUCUCCGCACCCUCUUCGAUCCGACGAAAGAUUAUGUCUUCUGCGCUAUCGAAGGAGCUCCGGGCCAAGUACAACACCCGCUCCAUACCUGUACGCAAGGAUGAUGAAGUCAAAAUCGUCCGAGGCAAAUACCGGGGACGGGAGGGCAAAGUCACCCAAGUUUACCGCAAAAAGUGGGUCAUCCACGUUGACCGGGUUCAACGCGACAAAUCCAACGGCGCCACGGCCCCCAUUGGCAUCCACCCUUCAAAUGUGGUGAUCACCACCAUCAAGCUCGAUAAAGACAGACGGGCAAUUCUGGAGCGAAAGGACCGCAAGAGUUCCACGGAGAAGCAAGAUGUUGAGAUGGUCGACGUGAGCGCUUUGAUUCCUCCCGUAUACUGCACCUAA